UUGCAGAACAGCUCUCCGUCGAAGCACAAUGUCAUGCUUGGUGGAAGAGCUGUACCGCAUCCGAAGUCUACCAACUUCGAAGAAUCGAAUGAGGACGAGUUCCAAACACCAUCGGCAAAGCGUGUGAAGCGCAGUCACCAACACGCGAACACCGCCCGGACUUCUCCGCGAACGAAGGCAGCGCGUAGAGAUGUUGUUUCCGAUUCCGACGCGGACAGCGACAGCGAACCUCUCGACGAGCCGGCUCCGGAUCGCAGGACGGACUUGGAGACUGCGUUGCCACCCAUACAGACCGACAAAGAGGCUAUCGAUGCAUACGAAGCCACUCGUGUAGCCGAACAGGCUGAGCUCGGACUCCAGGAUCGACUUGAUGGGAAGAAGUGGGUCAAAGGCCGGAGCUCUAUUUAUGUAGACGCAUUCAAUCUAGCGCUAGAAACGGUGCUUGAAGACGAAGGCCACCUUUUCGACGAAGCAGAACACGCCGUGUUUGAACACUGGCGCGAGCUGGAAUAUGAAUCGCAGUACCUGUACGUGCGACUUUUCCUUCGAAAGACCGCGAGCUGGCAUCGCACCCGUAGGCUGGGCUACCACAGUGAUGUAGCCGAUCUACAGCAGGCCAUUGUAGACUUGCAAACAGUGAGAAACCUUCCUGAAGCGUCUUCGCAAGACAAUGAGCAUCCAGGAGAGCUGGAGGCGCCAGAAGGCACGACCUUAGACUCAGCCUUUGCUUUCGCCGACCGGUCGGAGGAUUGUAUUCGCGAUCUCGAAGAAGCCUCAUCGCUACUGCUUCUAGACGAGCUAAAAGCGAUGGCGAAGGACGCCAAAGUCCAGGGCAAGAACAAGAAGGAGCUUCUUCGCGCUUUCCGACGGACGAGUGGCAAGCAGACAGGCCUUGCUUUCUCGCUCAAGCGAUCUGAGACUGAAGAGACCACGGCGUCUGCCACGACAGCCGGUGCGGAAGACGAGGAUCGUGAAAGCACACCAAUGCGGCAAGGCAAUCGGGAUGCGCAUUGGGUUGGCAAGAUCCUGGCAGAAACCGGACCAUGCAUCCGUCUGUCUCUGCCAACACUGAAGCUCUUCGAAAGGGUGCACUUGGUCUUCUACCGCUCCACCGAAUGGACCGAAAAGUCGUUGACCACCAUCAUACUGGCACGCAUUGCACGCUGGAACUUCCCGGAGUACAUCGUAUCACGCUCAGCCAAUGUAUUCGCCUCACGUUCGUUACUGCUGGAGUAUGAGGCUUCCCUGCGGACGCAGUUCCGGGUGGACAACAUACUAGAAUUCAACGGUACACCCACCAAGGAAGGCUUGGAGGUCAUCUUGCACGUCUUCGAGGAGGUCUACCCGCGCUGGAAGACGCUCCUGGCAGACGAACAACGGAAGGAGGACAGCAUUUACAGUACGGGCGAAGGCGCGUAUCUGCGCCGGUUAUCGCCCGCCUGGAUUUACACGAGAAUCGUGCACAAGGGUGCUUUCGUAUUCGGCAAGGUCAAGAAGCACGAGCGCGAGCACGCCAUCCUCUGCGAGCUGCUCCAGCAACGGCUUUUCCAUACAAGCCGUCGCGGUGACUGGUACCAGCGGAAAGCGCUUCUUGAGGAGCACUACAUGCACCUGCACUUGCCUUCACCAGCCGACUGUAAAGGCGUGGAAAGUAGAAAGAAGCAUUGGAAGCGUGUAGCAUUGCAGACUUGCGAGGAAGGCCUGCAAGACCAGCUCACCCAUCUCAUCUUCCACCAUGACCUGCAGAAGCGGACGAUCAAGCUCGAGAAGCAGCUGAAAGUACCAAAGCGUCAGCAACACGAUUUCCAACACGUCAUCCUCACCAAGCCAGCCGAGCGCGCCUUCGAAGGCAUACGGGUUGAGCGGUCGAACUCCAAUCAUGGCAGCCGCCGUAACAGCGAACAGGGCUCUACUGGCGCCAAAGCCAUCAUCACUGGUAAUCGCGGCGCAAAGACGAUCUGGAUCGACCCGACUCCGAACGUCACCUUAGAUCCGGACACCGGCGAGGAGACCUCCACUCGAAGCGAAUGUAGUGUAGAAGAGAUGUGCUUGUCCUGCUAUCGAGGGCUUAGCUAUAAAGGGUACCACAGCGAAGGUGGCAUCAUCCGCACGCUCUUCGCCUACCUCUUCUGCGACGUCUUGUUCGUCUACAUCCCGAACGUCUUCCAGACAGAGUUUCAGACGUGUCCGCUGGACCUACAUACGGAUGCCUUCUACCCGAGUCGCAUAAGCGAGGUCAAUGCUCGUUUGAACGGAAUAUCUAAUGGGGACGCGGCAUCACUGAUUGAGAACGUGUGGAACGAUCAUCACGAGCGAAAGACGUGUGUCGUAGGUCUGGACUGGUCGUUUGCGCUCGAGGACUUGCUCGAGAUAGCUGGGGCAUUCCCGCCCGCUGCACUUAGCACUGUUAUGAAGGUCAUGGCGCAGGAGUAUGGGCAGCGCGGUGGAGGCGUUCCUGACCUGUUUCUGUGGAAGCCUAAGGAUGACAUGACAGGCUUCAGGGGGGAAGUAAUGUUCGCUGAGGUCAAGUCGGAGAAUGACCGCUUGAGCGACACGCAGCGGAUGUGGAUCGAUGUAUUGAGUGGUGCAGGGAUUCGCGUUGAACUAUGCCAUGCCGUAGCGACGGAAGUGAGGGUGCAGUGACAUCCGUCACGGAUAUGGAAAGCUAGUUCGCUGGCGGUGAACCGACGUUAUGUGUGUAGAGACCAGACUGCACGCUGCUCCUGGUCAUGCUGGCGUAACCGGAGUGAUCAGCUCUGCAACGCGCGUGUCACGGUUUGAUGUCACUGUUGGGUAGCAGUGGCAACCCUAUCCCGCCGCCACCACGAUCACUCUGGUGGGAAGAAUAGCAGACGAUGGACGGCAAUCAACCUAGGUAGCGUUGCGAUUGACACCGUGUACGUAGCGUCUAUUCGGCACCUUCCGGAGAUGGCCCGAGUUGCAGCCUUACAGCAUCAAGUGCCUCGG